UGAUGAUGAGGAUGAUGAUGAUGAUGAUGUUGCAAACUGCGCGAAGACCGAUUGCUCAUUUCUUUCUUGAGUUGCGCCAAUCGGUAUCUCGUGAGGGGGGGAUUCGUAGCUUUGGAGGAAUGAUGAGCUGCAGAGCUGUGUGUUGUCACCGCUGGUCAUCCGAGGAGAGGCUGGACAACAAAACGGUCGUCAUCACCGGAGCCAACACUGGCAUAGGCAAGGAAACCGCCCGAGACCUGGCCGCCAGAGGUGCCCGCAUCAUCAUGGCAUGCCGGGACCUGGAAAGAGCAGAGGAGGCGAGAUCGGAGAUUGUGGAAGACACCGCGAAUGACAAUGUGGUUGUCAGGAAACUGGAUCUUUCGGACAGCAGGUCCAUUCGAGCCUUUGCUGAGCUCAUCCUCAAAGAGGAGAAACAAGUCAACAUUUUGAUCAACAACGCAGGCAUCAUGAUGUGUCCGUACUCCAAGACCGCUGACGGCUUUGAAAUGCAAUUUGGAGUCAAUCAUUUGGGUCACUUCCUCCUGACCUACCUGCUGCUGGACCUGAUUAAGUUUUCCGCUCCGGCUCGCAUCGUUGUGGUGGCAUCGGUGGCUCACACCUGGACCGGCCUUCGACUGGAUGACCUGAACAGCGAGAGCAGCUACGACACCGUGAAGGCUUACGGGCAGAGCAAACUGGCUAAUGUCCUCUUUGCACGGGCCCUCGCCAAAAAGUUGAAAGGAACAGGGGUAAGCGUGUUCUCUCUACACCCCGGCGUGGUGCAGUCGGACCUGUGGAGGCACCAGCACCAAUGUAUCCAGGUGGCCGUGAAGAUCUUCAGCAUCUUCACAAAGACAACGGUGGAAGGCGCUCAGACCACCCUCUACUGCGCCGUGCAGCCUGGUCUGGAAAGUCAGAGCGGAGGCUACUUCAGUGACUGUGCCUCUGCAAGGUGCUCCAGAAGUGCCUCGGAUGAUGAUUUGGCGCGGGAGCUGUGGCAGAGCAGCUGCAACAUGCUUGGCAUCACCUGGCAGUGAAUAAUGAAUAAUCCAAGGAAGGACUUUGUAUCAUGUUAAGUGCAAAAAGGCAUCAUUCUUAAAGCACUUUUGUUAGGGGCAUUAACAUUGCUGGACAGUUGUGUCUUCACCAAUUCAUUUUAUAAAACAUCACAAGUAGUCUAAA